CUCCUCCGCGUGCUAACGCUGCCCUGGAAGGCAUUUGUUACAAGGAUGGCCUGGCAGUUAUUGCCGCUCUCCAGAGCCGGGAAUGCGGGAGAGCUCACGCUGCCAAUUGCUGCCAAUGCACCUCCUCUUUCCCUACAUCAAGGUAGGCUUUCGCUCAGCUCCAUUUCCUUUCCCUGCUCUCCCUCUCAUAUCCUCCUCGUAAUUACUUGAGUCGACACUGCUCUGAUCGAUUGACACUCUCCUCUGUAUCAUUAUCUAUUUGCUGACACACACACACUCUCUCGCAUUAACACGAGCGUUCAAACUCAAUCGCGAUGGGCAAAACCGCAAUCGUCACCGGCUCCAGCCGAGGCAUCGGCCGCGCCAUCGCUCUCCGCCUAGCCGACGACGGCUACGAUGUUGCCAUCAACGACGUUCCCGCCAAUCAAAAAGGCUGCGAGGAAGUGGCCGAGGAGAUCAAGAAGAAGGGCCGCAAGGCCAUUGUGGCCAUUGCCGAUGUGACGAAGCUCAGCGAGGUCGAGGCUAUGAUUGAGAAGAGUGUCAAAGAGUUGGGAGAACUGAAUACGCUCGUUGCGAAUGCCGGCAUUGCUCAAGUCAAGGCUCUCCUCGAUUUGACGGAAGAGGACUUCCAGCGCAUGUUCGCCGUCAACGUCUUUGGCGUCCAGAACUGCUAUUCAGCGGGUGCCAGACAACUCAUCAAGCAGAAGAACUGCAAGCCCGAUGCCCCUGGCAAACUCAUUGGCUGCGCGAGCAUUGUCGCUUUCAAACCCUUCCCGCUGCUAUCCCACUACUCUGCUUCAAAGUGGGCCGUCCGAGGCCUUACGCAAGCCUACGCAAUGGAGAUGGCAGAACACAACAUCACGGUCAACGCCUACGCUCCCGGGAUCGUCGGAACAGCCAUGUGGGAUGUGAUCGACGAAGAACUCGCCAAGAAGCAAGGCAAAAACAAGGGCGACGUAAUCAAGCACUACGUCAAAGAGUUGACCGCACUGGGCCGCACAUCGGUGCCAGAAGACGUAGCGAAACUCGUCGGCUUCCUCGCUUCCUCGGACUCGAAUUUCGUGACGGGACAGACACAAGUGGUCGAUGGAGGAAUCAUCUUCACCUAGCUUCUCUUCUGUAGGAAUCUGUACAGACUCGAGAUGAGAGGACGCAGAGCUGCCAGAAUAGCCUUCUUCUUCUUCCAGAGUCUGCCGAUACGAUACAACUUGCACAAAAGCGUGUCUAUCCAUUGUAGAUAUCCCUCGCCUUCCCACCCUCGAAGGCGAUAACCACCUCAUCCUCCACAACCCUUCAACCACAUCCACCAACGAAAGCCCCAAGCGUCAUGUAUCGUGGCGGAAGCGAAGCAAAACCCAAAAACACCCCUAACCACCAAAAGAGAAAAGCGAGAACGAAAGGAACCAAAACAAACAAACUCGCAUAGUGGUAUAUCCCUGUUUGAACUCUCUCCAUUUUGUGCCCCGCCCGUGCCCCCCGCC